CCAGCAUUGAUAUCGUCGUGGAAGUGGAAAAAAGGAGAUUGUGUGUACUUUUGCAUUCUGAUCCUGAUUCGUGGAGUAGUUCUUGCCGCACGUUGUGUGCAUCGUUUCCCUGCCAGCGAAGAGUAGAGCUUUCCGAACGACGGCACCAGCAGAGCAGCGGAACACAGUAGAACCAACACCGGACACGGAACCGAGAGUGGACAGCGAGGCCGAGCUUAGCUUUUGUGCGUAAUCCCCCCACGUGCCGCCAUCUAACGCCGCCAAGACGCCGAUCGCCAGCGACAGAUUGCCCCGCAGGCGAGGACUCUCUUUUGGCCCAAAAAUUGCUCUUCGGUCGAAAAGGCAGCAGCCCCCGCGCCGGAAGUUGGUCCAUCCGCCCUUUAUGGACCUCCCAAGGAACCUGCACGAUUGCUACUUCUUCUACUACUCGACAUGUAAGAAGGGCACCAACUGCGAAUACCGCCACGAACCGGCUGCUCUCGGGCACGAGAAGACGUGCAAGAUGUGGCAAGAGGGCAAGUGCUACAAUCGCACUUGCACGAUGCGCCACAUGAAGAUCGAAAAGCCGCGCUCGGCCACGCCAUGCUUCUGGGAGGAUCAGCCGGGUGGCUGCCGCAAGCCACACUGCGUCUUCCAGCACAAGAUGCCGAAGCCGAGCCAGCCGACCACCAGCAACGUGGGCGUUCCGGUGCAACCGGCAGCGGCGGCCGCCGCGGCCAACGCUGCCACCGCCCAUCUGCUCCACUCGACUUCGGCUGCCGUCGUGCUGGACUACAAUUACGCCACGCUGCUGCCCAGAAUCAUCUAAACCGCUCGCUGAUGGCUGGUAGCAAUGGCGGCCGUCAUGGGUUCGCCUAUGGCCGCCAGACUAUGGCCGAUGUGGUGGUAACCAAACAGCAGCAAGGAGCUAUACGCGUGCAAACCACGCACUCUGCUCCCGCGGCCCGCUUUCCCCCCUUCACGUACGCACUACUACCACACCUAUCCGUUUCGUUCCGGGCUAGGAUCAGCCAAGCCAGCUAAGAACGUAUUUAUUAUAUUUAUUCUUUCGCAUUCUUAUCGUUGUCACUAUACCUACACGCGACGGAACGCCGUGGAUUGCCGCUAGAAAGAGAGUGGAAACGUAGUGCCGAAGUGUAGUGCGGUGCGGUGCGGUCGGGUUUUGAAUAGCAAUAUAUGGAGUCUAGUAAAAAUCUGUUGAUCCUGUUGGGUGGCUCGACUACGAGGAGCAGUUCUGUCGCAAUAAGGUUGUUCCAAAUUGAAUGCUGACCCGCGAAAGAAUGGGCGAACGGAAUAGUUUUUAGCAACCAGGCAGGUCCGACCAGUGUUUGAUCUAACCGAUCUAUGCUUCGAGGAAAGGAUGAUCGAUGGAUUGAUUUAUUAUCGUUUCUGUAACGAUUCUGCAAACCUUCACUCCGGUUGCAAAGCAUAAUACCAUGAGUGCAUUAAUCCAGUAGUUAUGCGGUAUAGUUAUAGUUUUUUUUUAUUGUCACUAAUUUGGGUUGAACUUAGAUAAUAGCGCCAAAAGCAAACGGAAGCAAAAGCCUUCCAACCCCGUUUCUUCAGGCGGAACCCAGGCGCAGAGCGAACUCUUUAGCUGCAGUACGGCAUUUUGUUUUGUUUGUUUAUUUUUGGUAGAUCUUAGCAAAAAAAAAGUAUAAUUUCUCUUUCGCCGUGUCACAACAAAAAACCCUUAGCUAUCAAAUGCGAAUCUCUGCUAGAACGCGAGCGACACAUUCGUAAUUUGUUACCCCACGUGGUAGGCUCACAAAAAGCAAAAAGGAAAGAACAAGUUGAUCGAACCGACCCUCAAACUUAUCGGGCUCCUCUUCUAGAAGCUGCUCCCGCUGGACAGCUUCAUUUAUGUAUUUUUGUUAGUUUUUUUUCUCUAUUUGGUGGAGGUUUGUGAUCGAGAGUUCCUUAUGCAUACAGGCGAAGCAAAAAAGAAAUGGUAAAACAAACUAAUAAUAACAAAACGGAAAACGCGCAUAGAACACACUGAACGGUUUAGACAUUUGUUCAAAAAUAGAUAAACGAGCAUUAUUACGGGCGGAACCUUUAGUUGCAAAUAAAACACAUGCCGUGUGGCGUCGUAUGAAACGGACUAGGAUUGUUAGAACAAGAAUUAGCACAUAUGGGCAUAAUAGUAAACAAGGUUCGAACGAACGCUGAAACCCUUGAGAAGCAUUGUUAAACGGGGCAAGAGAGAAGUUUGUAAUAGAGAAAGGCAAGGAGAUUAUCUAAACAUUUUAAAUUCAUCAAAUAAUAACAAAAUAUAAUCACGGUAUAGAGCAAACAGGAAAACGGUGCGUGUGCGAGCAGCUUUGUAACAAAUCACCCACAUCAUGUGUGGGGUAAGGUUUUGUGUCCUUUCUUUAAUCUAAC